AUGAACAACGAAGAUAAAUAUAUUGAUUUGAAUGCAAAGGGCAACAAUGUACCUGUGGUAUCGAAAACAUGGCUGGUUGAUGAUAAUAUUAGUACGGACACAAAUCUAGAAAAAGAAUUAGAAGACAAAAAAAAACAAUGUGCUAACGAAUUUAAUCAAUUGUGUUCUGAUACAGGUGAUUACUUUGAUAAGCUCACGCAAAGUACUUGCCAUAACAUUGAUCAACCAACUGAAAAUCCAGUAAAUUCUUCUGUUGAUGUUAUCGUUAGCAAUGAUCCAUGCUCAGCAAGUGCAGCUAGUUUUCUAGAUGCAAGAGUUAAUUUGUUGAUGUACAUAUUGCAUCCAAUUUUGAACAUUUUUCGUGUCUAUAUGGCAAGUGAUUUUCGUCGAAAAAAUAUAAGAACAGACAUCCCAAAGUUGAAAGACUGCUUGGGUAAUAUACGGUUGUCCUUCGGGCCAAUUUCAGAACUUGCCGAUGGUCAAGUUGAAUGUACAAUAGUAUUCAAAGGCCCUAAUGAGCAGUUUUAUUAUGCUCCGUAUGCAUUCGUUCGUGGCUGUGAUAAAGGUUAUGAAUUUGAAAAUCCAACUAUUUUUGAUUUGAAAGAAGACGCAACUAUCGAAAACAAUUUUGUCUCCCUCGAAAUGGUUAUUUGUAAAUUAAGAAAUAACAUGUUCGAAUGUGAAGAUGAAAAAAACAAUGAAACAUGUCAAAUUAAACGAUUUCUUUGCGGUACUCUAGUUCAAAUCAAAGAUGAAUUUUCAUCAUUGUGGGAAAAAAAUGGCAAGCUAAAGACAAAAAAAACCAAACCUAUAACACCGACGAAAUUAGCAAAACUUGUCGAAUUAUAUACAGCAUAUAUCAUGAUUCGUCGUACUCGUUUUGAUCCUGUUGAAAACAAAUUUGUGCCAGAACCCGAAAUUUUAUUUUGUUCAAAUGCUUUCACACCGAAAAAUAGCUCCGUUCAAUCCCAAUAUUAUGAUUACAGCGCAAAUAAAUUAAUAAUUACAAAAGUCAUGCAAUCAAGAGCUGACCCACGUGAAAGUAGCCACCAAUUUAAUGUACAUGUAUCAUAUGUUAUUCCACCGUUGUAUGAAUGUACACAAUUAAGAAACAAAUGCAUAAAAGUCGAUAUACUUACUGGUAGUAAACAAGAGUCACAAAUGCAUCCAAAUUAUAAAUUCAUGGCCGAUGAAGAGGUCACUGAUUCACUAUAUAUUCGCGCUGAUAAAUAUGAAUCCAUUGCAACAUUCAAAAUUGUUAAUACCACACGAAAUCAAUGCAAUGGUAGUUACGUAAAAAAUACAGAUCUACCAGUUUCACAUUAUAACGGUUCAGAUUCAAUGAUUCAAGCGGUUUCAUUCAAUGAGCCGAGUAUGAAUAGUUUUCGCGUACGGUUGCAACUAUGUGAUUAUACUGAUCAGACUAUAACUCCAUAUCCAUAUUCAACUGUUCAAUCGACGUUAGUGGUCGACGAUUUUGUCUCUUCUGAACGAUCUGUUACGUCUUCGUCACCAGCCAACGAAAAUGUAAUCAUUGAAAAUAUCUUUGAAUCAUCAGUAACUGAUAAGCGAUCAUUAGAAAAAGAAGCGCACGAACGUACUGGUUCGCCUUUAUUGAAAACUCCAAAAAUACAUAAUUCAAGUGCCUGUGAUAGUUGA